UUGCAUUCAUCGGUACGUAGUCGAUUGUCGCAGUAAUUCCGCAACAGUAGGCAAUCGUUUACAAUGGAUACAAGUAUAUUAUUUGAAUCUGUGAAUCCUAAUAAUUUAGCAUGAUGUUGAUCCUAGGAUUUAAUUUAUAUUUGGAUCUAAUUUGAUUUUCUAACAUUAGGUAUCUUUACAAGUUGAAUAAAAAUUGUAUUAUUUGUCUUCUUUUUUCAGUAACUUGGUUGUCCUUAGUCCAACAUGUAAAAUGAUUUUUUGUGUUUUGGAAUCAUAAAAAUAAGACUCUAUAUGCUCAAUAAGGAAAAUUUAUCUCAGUGUAAUCACAGUAAACAUUAGAAGUUAUUCAUGAGAAUUCAACACGUUUACCACAAUCACAUUGCCUUCAAAAUAACUCAAUGCACGGGCAAAAACUAAUAAUAUUAGAAACAAGGUUAAAAAACCGGUGGCUAAAAAAGAAAAGUUGGAAAAUUGAUUGAUAAAAAAUGGAAACCUUGGGAAUAAGGACAACAAACGAGUUGAGAACUAAAAUAAUAACCUUAAUUAAAAAAUGGAAACUGAUUUGCCAGUGAGAUCGAACCCCACCGCCUUCGGGACCAUUGAUCUGGAGUUGUUUGGCUCCGUGUAUAAAAGUGAAUAAAAAAGUAAAAAUAAAAUUUCGAAAUUAAUGAAAGUAAAUAGCUCUUUAAAGAAUGCUAUUUGUAUCAAUUUACUUUAGAAAGCUUGGAGACCACUGAUUUCAUAAGAAUCGGCCCGUUUUGAUUGAGGAUAAAUUGCGGGCAGCGAGAGAUCAGGCCCAUAUCAAAAUGGAUCUUCUGUGCAGAGCUUACUCAACUGCUUCCGACGACGACGAUAACGGAGAACGACCAGAACAUCUUCAGUCGGCUCCGGCUCCGCCUGUUAAGAGGGCCAAACUCGAUGGACCGAACCUGAAUCCGAUUCCAAAACCCAUGCAUAUAUAUCGUCCCAAUCCGGCUCCGAAUCUCCCUAAUGAAGCUCCGAUUCCUGGAAGGUACGUAUCUAAGCGAGAACGAGCAGCCUUAGCUUCGGCCCCUAAAGUACAAGGCCCGAACCCGCCUCCUCCUUUCAAUUCGCCACCAGCUCUAGGAAGCCUUUCUGACUCUGAUCUACCUUAUACUAUUUUGACAACAUUGAGGAAUCCAAUAAAGGGUGGUGCACGGACAGCCCAAAUUCCAAAGACACUUACUAUAGCUCUCUAUGGGCACACUAAGUCUGUUAACACUGUACAAUGGUCUAGAACUCAUGCUCAUCUUCUUGCAUCUGCUGGAAUGGAUCAUACCAUCUGCAUAUGGAAUGUAUGGAGUAGAGACCAGAAGUACGCAAGAGUGUUGAAAUUUCACAAGGCAGCAGUGAAGGACGUGAAAUGGUCUCAGCAGGGUCUAUUUGUUCUCUCUUGUGGUUACGACUGCAUGUCAAGAUUAAUUGAUGUUGAAAAGGGGACUGAGCUUCAGGUUUUCAAGGAGGAUCAAAUUGUAGAAGUUGUUAGAUUUCAUCCGCACAACUUCAACCUUUUCCUGUCUGGCGGGUCAAAAGGCGGCCUCAAAUUAUGGGAUAUUAGGAGUGGCAAGGUGGUCCAUGAAUAUGUAAGGAGUCUUGGUCCAGUCCUUGAUGUAGAAUUCACUGUUGAUGGCAAGAAUUUAAUCACCUCGAGUGAUGUGUCCAAAAGCAAUCUCAGUGAAAAUUCAAUCAUUGUUUGGGAUGUUUCGCGCCAAAUUCCAUUAUCCAAUCAGGUAAAAUUCUUUGUUUGUCCUCUGGUGUACCUCGUUUUGUGAAAAGAUGAAAUAUCAAGCCCUGGUUUCGAUAAUUAAAAUACUACUAUGAAAAGGAUUUUUGUUGGAUUUGAAAUAAUUUAAUUUAUAAUGAAAAAUAUGAAACCCACCAAAAAAGUUGUUAACUAACGAUAUCCAAAAUAAUGAAUUUUGUUGAGCAAAUGGUUUUUGAUCGUCGCUUCUGAAAAUUUGAUUGAGCAUUUUUGCUUCAUUUUGUCCUUAUUCAGUCUAUUUAUCUGGUGGUAGAAUGAUGAAACAGUCUUUUCUCAUUUUAUUGGAUUUCUCCAGGUCCAGGUAUUGAAAACGAAUAUGAUUUUCUAAAGAAGGAAAUCUAGUAGAUGAAAAUUGAAGGCAUUUUAAUUUAUUAAUAUCGCCGUCUUUCCAGAUCCAAGAAACUAAAUAAUUAACACACAUUCAGGAUGUGUGAUUCUUAAAAGUCUCUAGUCUUCAAGACUCAAAAUACAUCCUAGUAUAUAUUGAAAUUUUUCUGAGUCUUGCAGCCACCUGCAUACCAGUAUUUUGAAUACCUGGAUGCAUAGUUUGAUGCCAUUCAUUACCCGAAUUCAAGUUGAUAUGAAGAAGACGUAUCUUUGUUGAGAAAACUAACUAGGUUGCUUCAGUCAGAAACCUUGUGUGUCCCUAAGGUCUAGACUGAGUAGCCAAUUUUUUUGGGAUGAAGAGCAAUUUGACAAAAAAAACUCAAACUAGCAUCUUCAUCUCCUAUCUUAUGUAGUGUAUGAGGGAAAUGCUAUAUGACCUUGAAGAAACAAAAUGCAUAUUCAACAGCAUCCAAUUCAUCUACGUUCUGGAUUUGUUUUUGGUCCAUUUUCCCCACUGAGAGAUACAAAAUGAAUAACAUUCUCCAUUUGUGGCUUUUAAAUACUUGUAUCUAAGAACAAUUCACGACGAUGGAAGAUGUGAUUUUGUUGUGUACUCCUGACCAUGACACCUGAAGCCAUUUUCCGUAGAUCAACAGUUACAAAAGAGCAGGGUUAACCAGUCGGUUCCUAAACUUGAUAGGUUUGGUAAAACUGUAGUACAAUUGAACCACCACCUAAAUUUCUUAAUCAAGACUCCAGAACUUAAAUUUAAUAAG